AUGUCUUCUGAUGUGUCAGAAUAUACUAUUGGGGGAGUGAAGAUCAUCUUCCCUUGCAAGGCUUACCCUUCACAGCUUGCUAUGAUGAACGCUAUUGUGAAGGGCUUAAAUAACAGGCAGCACUGUUUGCUGGAGAGCCCUACAGGAAGUGGCAAGAGCUUGGCGUUGCUGUGUUCUGCGUUAUCGUGGCAGCAGUCUCUGUAUGAGAAGCCAGUGCCUUCAUCCUCGUGUGAAAAGGAAGAGAGAAAGCUGGAGACCUCAGCGCCGUGUCGCUGCGCCUGCCACUCCCAGUCGAGGAGCAACGAGGCUGCAGCGAGUGGGAGUCAUGGUGCCUCUUGUUCCUUUAAUAAUCAUGAAACAGGAAGUUCUGUGAAACCUGGAAGCCCACGAACAAGCACAGAGCGUAAGGAAAACGAAACGUUGGCUUCGAAACUGUCUGCCAAAAAAAAGUCAUCUCUGUGUGACAAAGACAGCGACGAUUUUCAGGUAGACAGGAAAAGGAUUCGUCCUUUGGAAACUGAGCAGCAGGUCAGAAAACGUCAUUGUUUUGCAAAAGGAGUGCAGCUGGUUGAUGCUUUAGAAGUUUAUCAUCAGAGAAAAAAUGGAGAGCUGAUUGUUCACUCUGAAAAAAGUGUGAAAACCACUACUUUUUCUCCCAAAAUGUCUCCCAGCCUUUGCACUGAGUGUUCCUGUUCUUCUGCAAAGCAAACUGGUAAAGACACCAGUAACGCAAAGAAGAAAGAAAAUGGAGAUGAGUCCUUUGUUCCCAAAAUAUUUUUUGGAACACGAACACACAAGCAGAUAUCCCAGAUAACCAGAGAGCUGAAGAGAACAGUGUAUUCCAGUGUCCCUAUGACCAUCCUUUCUAGCCGGGAUUACACCUGUGUUCAUCCAGUGGUGUCCAGCAGUGGUACUAACAGGAACGAACUGUGUGUAGAGUUGCUGGAAGGAAAACAUGGUAAGUCCUGUCUUUACUACCAUGGUGUUCAUAAACUCAGUGAGCACCACGCUCUACAGUCUGCACAUGGGAUGUAUCAGGCUUGGGAUAUUGAAGACCUGGUGAGCCUGGGGAAGAAGCUUCGUGCCUGUGCCUAUUUUGCAGCCAGAGAACUCAUGGUGGGCGCAGAUAUCGUGUUUUGCCCUUACAAUUACCUCCUGGACCCCCAGAUACGGGAGAGUAUGGAAAUUAACCUAAAAGGCCAAGUGGUGAUUUUAGAUGAAGCCCAUAACGUUGAGGACUGUGCUCGGGAGUCAGUGAGCUAUGGUGUCACAGAAAAUCAGCUCAGAGCUGCUCGGGAGGAGCUGGACUUCAUGGUCAGUAACAACAUCAGACAGAAGGAUCACGAGGCCCUGCUGGCUGUGUGCUGCUCCUUGACUAACUGGCUAAAGGACAGCUCUAGUCAACUAGUAGAAAGAGGGUAUGAAACUUCCUGUAAAGUUUGGAGUGGAAAAGAAAUGCUGCCUAUUUUACACAAGAUGGGAAUAACUGGUAUUACUUUUCCCAUUUUACAGAAACAUUUUGCUGCUGUCCUGGAAAAAGAAGAAAAAAUAUCAGUGUUUGGUAAAGAGGAACUUAUUGAGAUACCAAUUGUGAGCCCUGCCACUCAGAUGGUGCUGAAAGGGUUAUUUAUGGUUCUUUUAUUUCUCUUUAAAGAUAAUAGCAGGUAUGCAGAUGACUACAAAGUUGCUCUACAACAAACUUACACUUGGAUGAAUGAAAACCAACCUGAUGUUUCAGAUACAAGUUCCUUCUUUACACGGCCCAAGCAUAAGAGGAGUUUGCGGCAGAAAACCGUAGUCCACAUGCUGAAUUUUUGGUGCUUGAAUCCUGCUGUGGCUUUUUCAGACUUAAGCGAUGUUCGAACAAUCGUUCUGACAUCUGGUACACUCUCUCCAAUGGAUUCAUUUUCUUCAGAGCUUGGUGUGAAGUUUUCUAUUCAGCUGGAGGCAAAUCACGUUAUUCGUAACUCACAGGUUUGGGUUGGUACCAUUGGAGCAGGCCCUAACGGUCGGAAGCUGUGCGCCACGUUCCAGCACACGGAGACCUUUGAGUUCCAAGAUGAGGUGGGAGCACUUCUGCUGUCAGUGUGCCAAACAGUUGGCCAAGGAAUCUUGUGCUUUUUGCCAUCCUAUAAGCUGCUGGAAAAAUUAAAAGAUCGCUGGAUGCACACGGGAUUAUGGAGAAACCUGGAGCUGGUUAAAACAGUCAUUGCAGAGCCUCAAGGAGGGGCAAAGAGUGACUUUGAUGAACUGCUGAAGAUAUACUAUGAUGCAAUAAAAUGUAAAGGAGAAAAAGAUGGAGCACUCCUGAUAGCUGUGUGCCGAGGAAAAGUCAGCGAGGGCUUGGACUUCUGUGAUGAGAAUGCCCGUGCAGUUAUAACCAUAGGUAUUCCCUUCCCAAAUGUGAAGGACCUUCAGGUUGAAUUAAAGAGGAAGUACAAUGACCAGCACAAAAAUACAAGAGGCCUUUUACCAGGAAGUCAUUGGUAUGAAAUUCAAGCUUAUAGGGCUCUGAACCAAGCCCUGGGAAGGUGUAUACGACAUAGGAAUGACUGGGGUGCUCUUAUUUUAGUUGAUGAUCGCUUCCGGAAUAACCCCAAUAAGUACAUAACUGGUUUAUCAAAAUGGAUUCGCCAGCAAGUCCAGCACCAUGACAGUUUUGGUAGGGCACUUGAAUCCCUGCAGGCAUUUGCUGUAAGAAACCAGAAGGGCAUUGAUUGUUCAUCAGAGUGCAGCAGUGAACCUCUCCACGUACCUUCAAAUUCAAAAGACCUGUCACAAGGCUCUCAACAGGAAGCAACUAUUCAUCUGUCACCAGAUGUGUCCAGUAAAAGUGAAGAGCAAAAUUUGGUUUCAGAAAUUAAUUUUAGUACAACCAUCAGCUCGGUUAAUCCUACAGCAUCAAAUCAGCCAGGUGGCCAGAAAGUUGAAGUAGAGACUCAUUCUCACCGUGUAACACAGAGAAGAAAGCAUAUGGACUCCACACCCAAAAUGCCAGCAACUAAAGCAGAGAGAGAAAAAAAUAGUUGGACUAAUGGUGCUACUGUGAAAGGACAUUGCAGCUCUAAACCUCUGGCUUCAACACCUUUGCCUGUAGCCAAGAACUGCAUGUCCAGAGCCAGCAGUGAGCAAAAGAACAUGAGUAGUGCCAGUGAGCUUAUGGAUAGUGUAAAUCAAUGCCAGUCAUUAAUUUCAGAACAUAAGCCAAGAGUACCAGAAUCAUGUUUGAAAACAACUAAUUUUUCAGUUAAAAAUACUGAGGUUCCUGUUGAUGAACAUCCUGAUAAGCUGCAGCUUCAAGCUGAGCCCUGCAGUGACUUCACUUCAGCAGCAGAGAAAUCUGAACUUUCAACAUUAAACAUAUCUGCAGAGGCUGAAGCUGAGGAUGAAAGUAUCUACUUCACACCAGAGCUUUAUGAUGAUACAGACUCAGAAGAACAGCAAAUCAGCCCACUGGUCCCAACCUGCAGUAUAAAUGAGAGUCACAGUGAAUGUGGAAACUCCACAGUCACUAAUGAUCUUUUUGCAAUUAACACCUCAAAAACCAGUGUGACUAAAAAACUGUUUGUUGAUGAUGGCAGAAGCACAAGUUUACAUGGAAUAAUUCAAAAUGAGGGGCAUGAGAAUAGUGCAGCUAAUAAAGCAGAGAAGACUAGUAAAACAGAAGCAGAGCAGGUAGCAUCUCAAGAGAUGGACACCAUAAAAAGGAAAGUCAGUCUGUCCAGAUCAUGCAAUAAAGGUGUGUCAUCUUUUUUUUUGGACAAUCCUAGCCCAUAG